AUGGAUUCUAAGGCCAAAGAGAAGGGAAUUUUGAAGCUGGAGCCACGACAGAGAUCUGCUGUUGACAACAAGUUGGAGCUCACACCUCAGGCAUCAUAUGAACGACCACCGUCCUCACCGCAGCCGUCAGUGGACCGCCUCUCAGUGACGUGGGCCGAUCCUAAAAAUAUGACUUCCACAGGAGUCAAUCUUUUCCACUUGCCUUCGGAAAACACUACCAAUAAUGAAGUCAAAUUCUCACCUUCAACCGGAGGUAAUGAAUUU